AAGGUUGGCUCCAUGCUGAUCUGAGCUAUAAAAACGCAGCCUUGGCUCCCACAACUCAUCAUUCCGUUCUUGAGCGAUCGAAACGAGCUGCUGCUGCAGAUGGCAGGGAAGCUGGGGCAUCUGAUGACGAGGCUGCACCUGGCGAGGAGCCGGGCGUCGUCGCCGUCGGCGGCGGCGGACGUGCCGACGGGCCACCUGGCGGUGUACGCCGGCGAGGGGCGGAAGCGGCUGGUGAUCCCGACGGCGUGCCUGAGCCACCCGGCGUUCGUGACGCUGCUGAAGCGGGUGGAGGACGAGUUCGGCUUCGACCACCGCUGCGGCGGCCUCACCAUCCCCUGCGCCUCCGAGGGCGACUUCGCCGACAUCGUCGGCGGCAUGGACGUGCACUGAUCGAUCGUCAGGCUCCGUUUCCCGGCGAGGACAAGACUGGUUGCUGUUGAGGAAUAACCUAUUCUUCUAGCUAGGAAUGUAGGGGCAAUAGCAGGGCCUGCUGCUUGAAUUGGAACCUGUAAUUCUGUAAAGAUCAUUGAUUGGAAC